CGCUCGAGGCUCGCUCGUGAGGUGGGGGGAAAUCCAUAAACCGUUGCAGGUGACUGACAGGUCGUUCUCGCCAAUUCUGGUCUAGUUAUAAAUGUUACACAUUCCCUGUUAAACUUUAGGUUACUGGGAGGUGUUCGUAAUAGUCUUUGAAGUCGUUAACAGCUGGAACGGACAUUAUUAUGUCUCCCGACAGCUAGAAAUUGUGAAAGAGUACAGGAAACGCAUCAUUAGCUAAGCGGUCGCUACGUAGCAUAGAAUGUGUUUAGUUCUAGCUAGUUGUUAGGUUAUUAGUCACCGUGGCAUAUUUGUUACAUUAAACAUUUGGCUAAAUAGCAAGUAAGCGAAGUGUCUCGGAUAAACACUAUUUGGUUACAAAUGGACUUGGAUCAGCAUUCUUUUGAAAAACCAUCUUCCCCCCUCUGUCAGUCGACACCUAAAAGUGACAAUCCACGCCACCGUCCUGCAUUCAUGGAUUCAGAUGCCAUGGUCGAAGAUGACUCAGAACAAACGAUGCCAUUUCUGACUCUAGAUGACACUGAGGGUUCAAAGAGUGAAGACUCUGGCAUGGGCACAUCCACUUUGACAAACGGUUCACUACCAGCCAGUGACACAGAAGACAAUUCCAGUUGCUCUUUUCCUCUGAACCAGAAGGUUGAUACCAUUGGGAGGAAAGCCCAAGACCUUAUAGAGCGGAUAAACCACAGCCGCGCCAUAGACCAGAAACUUAUGGUUGAAUUUGAGGAGACUCUGAUGAACAAGGUGAGCGAGAUAUGUGAGGGCCUAAAGAACCACAUGUUCAGCCAGUAUGAGGAGCAGAGCAGUAGGAUGGAGGCCCAGCUGCAGCAGCUGUCAGAGGUGCUGGGUAGGAGCAGCCAGCUCUGCGUUGACCUCCAGGGUGCCAGUCAGACACUAGCCGUCAUCAACAGAGGUCUUCAACACAACUCUGAGCAGGAGUAGACGCCGACAGUGGUGCAGAAUGGGACAUUGCCAUGAUAAGCCACAGCCA